AUGAUAGAAUCAUUAAGUCAUGAUUCGGAUAUCUUUGAUGAUGAAGUGGGACAUUCUAUUUCUGCUUAUAAUCUAAAAGCUCAUUUUAAAGAUGAUAUUAGAAUGAGAAUUUAAGAUAAAUAAUUAAAUGAAUCAGAUGUUCAAGACUUAAAUCAAAAAAUGAACCAAUUAUCACUAAAUAAAUGCAAUUUUAAAAAAGAAAUUAGAAGACAUAGGAAACAAGAGUAAAAAUAAUAAUAACAUCACCACAUUGAUAAAUAACCUUAAAAUGAUUAAAAUUAGUUUUAAAAGGCUCUUUAACAAAGGUAAUAGGAUAUCUAAAUCUAAUGUGUUGAUUAAAUGACAUUAAUUGAUACAGUUCCAAAAAUCAAUUUCAUCAGAGAAAUGAAAGAGUCCAUUAAUUAAGAUGCAACUUUAGAUUUGAGGUAGAAUUAGAAAACUCAUAAUCAUAGAGCUUUUGAUAGAAACAAACUGCAAGAUGAUUUUACUCCUUCUCCAAUCAAUAGACUCUCAGCCAAAAAUUAAUCAAAACACUCGUAAAGAUCUCCUGAUCCUCAUGACUCUAAUUUAGAUUUGUCUUUCAAUUAUACAAUGCAAAUUGCAUCAUAAAGUUCAAUUUAAUGUUAAGAUAAUCAUAAAGGAAAACAUUAUACAAAAUCAACUAUUAAAUUGAAACAUAAUCAUUAAAAAUUAAAAUUAAAAAAGCAAUAAUAACUUCAAUCUUAGAGAUCUUCCUAGUUGUCUAUACAAUAAUAUGAUUAAAAUGUUUUAAGAGGAAGAUCCUUAAGUUCUGUUUCCACUCCUAAAAGCAUAUUGAAAAACCCAUCAUAUCAGAACUCAGUUUUAGAUAUUGUAAACAAAAUUAAACUUUAAGGAAGACAAUGCUUUUCUAGUUUAAAUCUCAUAGAUUCAAAUCCAACAAAAAUACAAUUAAAUAUAUAAUAUUCUGCAAAAAGAGUAUAAUUCUGUUUAACAAAAUAAUAAGCAAGAAGAGAAAAUAUUUUUAGUUGA